AUGGAGACAAGUAUUAUCAUAUCAUUAAUAUUCCAUAUUUAUUGGUGCUUCAUUGGUGUUACUAUUGCUAAUCCCGAUGCAAAACGUUUAUAUGAAGAAUUAAUUCAAGUACGUGCCUAUAAUAAACUAAUUCGUCCCGUCAAACAUAAUAGUGAAAAAUUAACUGUUUAUUUGGGCCUUCGAUUAACACAAUUACUUGAUGUGGACGAAAAAAAUCAAAUAAUGACAACAAAUGUUUGGCUUAAACAGGACUGGUACGACGAUAAACUUCGAUGGGAUCCAGCCAAAUAUGGAGGCGUCGAUCUAUGGAUUGAUGAACAUUUAAAAUGGGAUCCAAUAAAUUUCAAUAAUAUAACCAACAUCUCUAUUCCGGCUAGUGAUCUAUGGCGACCAGAUUUGGUGCUUUUUAAUAAUGCUGAUGGUAAUUAUGAAGUAACAUUAAUGACAAAAGCUACUGUUUAUUAUGAUGGUCGUGUUAUUUGGGAGCCACCAGCAAUAUAUAAAUCGAGUUGUACAAUCAAUGUUGAAUUUUUUCCAUUUGAUAUUCAACAUUGUCAAAUGAAAUUCGGUUCAUGGACAUAUUCAGGUGAACAAGUUGAUCUUGUUCAUAUUAAUCAAACAAAUGGUUCAAUGCCUGUUUAUGGCAAUAAUAGUGUAUCAUAUGCAAUUGAUUUAACUGAUUUUUAUCGUUCAGUUGAAUGGGAUAUAAUGGAAGUUCCAGCUAAACGUAAUGUACAAAAAUAUACAUGUUGUCCUCAAACAUAUCCUGAUAUAACAUUUUUAAUAAUACUUCGUCGUAAAACACUUUUUUAUACUGUUAAUUUAAUAAUCCCAUGUGUUGGUAUAUCAUUUUUAACUGCUCUAACUUUUUAUUUACCAUCGGAUUCUGGUGAAAAAAUGGCACUUUGUAUAAUGAUAUUACUAUCAUUAACUGUAUUUUUUUUACUAUUAGCUGAACUCAUUCCACCAACAUCACUUGUUGUACCAUUAAUUGGUAAAUAUCUUUUAUUUACAAUGAUUCUUGUUACAUUAUCUAUUGUUGUAACUGUUAUUGUACUUAAUAUACAUUUUCGUUCACCAUCAACACAUCAAAUGCCUGCAUGGGUACGACGAGUUUUUCUACAUGUUUUAACAAAAUUAUUAUGGAUGCGUCGACCAAAACCAAUUAAUCCAUUAAAUUAUCAUUUAUCAACAAAAAAUCGUAAUCGUAUUAAACAAUUAAAUCAUACAACAAUAAGACCAACAAGAAAUUUUAUUUUAUCAUCAUGUAAUACAAGUCCAUAUAAUAUACGAAAAAAUAAAAUACGUUUACUUGAUGAUUAUGAUAUAGAUCAAGAUGGUAUUGAAAUAAUUAAUGAUGAUGAUGAUAAUGAUAAUAAUAUUAAUAAAAUAAAACAAACUAAAUAUUCAAAUAAACCAUCACUUUAUCCAUAUGAAAUAAAAAAAGCAUUUGAUGGUUUAAAAUGUAUUGCAACACAUAUAAAAAUAGAAGAUGAAGAAAAAAAAAUUAAAGAAGAAUGGAAAUAUGUUGCAUUAGUAAUCGAUCGUUUUUUUCUUUAUAUAUUUACAACAGCUUGUUUUGCUGGUACAUGUGGAAUUAUUUUACAAGCACCAUCAAUUUAUGAUUAUCGUAAACCAAUUGAUGUUAUUAAAUCAAAUCGUUUUUAA